UCUCCUUCCAGAUUUUCAGAUAUGAGCACGCGACGGAUGCGUUGAUCGGCCGCCAUUAAGUCAGAUUGAAGAUCGAUCCAUCGAUCAGACUGUCCUCCUCUGAAAAUUAGAAACCUUGUACUGAAUCACUAGAUCAUCUGUACGGUUUCCAGAUACACGGCAACGCUCAAAGCAGACAGAAAGCAAGGAGGUGUCAGCGAUGGCUUCGGCCGUCGAGCCCAAGAAGAAGAGCAACGUCAUGUACGCCUUCGUCUGCUCCAUCCUGGCCUCCAUGGCCUCCAUCAUCCUCGGAUACGACAUCGGGGUGAUGAGCGGCGCGGCGCUGUACAUCAAGAAGGACCUCAAGAUCACCGACGUGCAGCUGGAGAUCCUCAUGGGCAUCCUCAACUUCUACUCGCUCAUCGGCUCCUUCGCGGCGGGGCGGACGUCCGACUGGAUCGGCCGCCGCUUCACCGUCGUCGUCGCGGCCGCGUUCUUCUUCUCCGGCGCCCUGCUCAUGGGCCUCGCCGGCGACUACGCCACGCUGAUGCUCGGCCGCUUCGUGGCCGGCGUCGGCGUGGGCUACGGGCUGAUGAUCGCGCCCGUGUACACCGCCGAGGUGUCCCCGGCGUCGGCCCGUGGCUUCCUGACCUCCUUCUCGGAGGUGUUCAUCAACAUCGGCAUCCUCCUCGGCUACGUCUCCAACUAUGCCUUCGCCCGCCUGCCGCUCCACCUCGGCUGGCGCGUCAUGCUCGGCAUCGGCGCGGCGCCGUCCGUCCUGCUCGCGCUCAUGGUGUUCGGCAUGCCCGAGUCGCCCCGCUGGCUCAUCAUGAAGGGCCGCCUCGCGGACGCCAGGGUCGUCCUGGACAGGAUCGCCGAGACGCCGGCGGAGGCCGCGGAGCGCCUGGCUGACAUCAAGGCCGCCGCAGGCAUCCCCGACGACGCGGACGACGACGUGGUCGUCGUGCCCAAGCGGCGAAGCGGCGAGGAGAAGCAGGUCUGGAAGGAACUGAUCCUGUCCCCGACCCCGACCGUGCGGCGCAUCCUGCUCGCGACGCUCGGCCUCCAGUUCUUCCAGCAGGCAUCAGGCGUUGACUCCGUAGUGCUCUACAGCCCGCGCGUGUUCCAGAGCGCGGGAAUCACCGACGACGACCAGCUCCUCGCCACCACCUGCGCCGUGGGCGUCACCAAGACUGUCAUCGUCUUGCUGGCCGCGAUCCUCCUCGACCGCGUCGGCAGGCGGCCGCUGAUGCUGACCAGCUCGGGCGGCAUGGUCGCCUCGCUCGUGGGCCUAGCCAUGGGGCUCACCGUCGUGGGCCGGCACCCGGACGCCAAGGUCCCCUGGGCCGUGGGCCUGUGCGUCACGUCCACCCUGGCCUUCGUGUCGUUCUUCUCGAUCGGCCUCGGGCCCAUGACGGCGGUGUACACCUCGGAGAUCUUCCCGCUGCGGGUGCGCGCGCUGGGCUACGCGGUCGGCGUGGCCUGCAACCGCGUGACCAGCGGCGUCGUCUCCAUGACGUUCCUGUCGCUGUCCAGCGCCAUCACCAUCGGCGGCAGCUUCUUCCUCUACGCCGGCAUCGUCGCUCUCUCGUGGGUGUUCUUCUUCACCUGCCUCCCGGAGACGCGCGGCCGGACGCUGGAAGAGAUGGGCGAGCUGUUCGGCACGACAACAGCUGCGGGCACCGACGCAGAAGACGCCGCCGCCGGGCGUGUCGACACGGACAGCAGCGCAUCGAGACUCCUGGGAUGAGUCUUGACUGCAUGACGUAUCUUAUGCUCUUUGGUUUGACUUUUGUUCGCUGAUGCACAGGUGUGCGAUGGACGAUGGUAUUGGUCUUCAGGGCCUGUAGUACUUGUAAAAAUUAGACCCCAAUUCAAGAAACGUUAACACAGUUCCUUGAAUUUUUACAAGAAACCCCAAUUCUUAAAGAUCAUUCUUAAAUAGAUCUUUAAGAAUUAUAUCA